GAUCACGGGGUCAGCAGCAGCCUGUUCCAGAACCCUGCAAAGCUUCAUCUGACUCUUGGGACGCUGGUACUUCUGAACGAGCAAGAGAUCCAGAAAGCGUGUGACCUCCUACAGCGAUGCAAAGAGGACUUUGUGGACCGAAUUACUGGAGGCAAGCCCCUGACUGUGGAGGUGUCCGGAGUGGAGUACAUGAACGAUGACCCUGCCAUGACAGACAUCCUUUAUGCCAAAGUCCACAUGAAGGAUGGCUCGGACAGGUUGCAGGUGAUUGCUGAUCAACUGGUGGAAAGAUUCGUGGCCUCCGGCUUAAUGCUUAAAGAAUGGGAUAGGGUGAAACUGCAUGCUACAGUCAUGAACACUCUCUUCAGGAAAGAUCCAAGUGCUGAAGAGCGAAGCAAUACAAUGACUGGUAAAUCAUAUUUCAAGGAACGGGAGUCGUUUAAUGGCCGAAAUAUCCUCAAGCUCUUUGAGAACUUCUACUUUGGAGAGGUGCAGCUGGACUCGGUGCAUCUUUCCCAGAGGUUCUCCUCGGACGCCUCUGGCUACUACGCGACAUCUGGGCGGCUGACCUUCUCCUGA